ACCAGCUCAGUGGCCUGGCCUGAGGAGGGAGAGCCGGACAGUGCACUGCAGAAUCUGUCAUUGUUUCACUGGAAAAUGGAGGGAGAUGAAAGGGAAACAAAGAGGAGCCCGCCUGAUAAAGAUGAAGAUCUGACAGAGGAAUACGGUUACACGGUGUUUGAGCAGAUUCACACCUUGAUGCAACGUCACGAAUGCCCUAAAAGUGGUGAUGGAGACAAGGCACAGUUGGGCCUGACCUCCUCUUCAACAGCGAUCGGCACUUUCUCUGCAACAACCAGCGGGAUGUCCUCUUCAACAGUGAUCAGGACCUCCACUUCAACAGUGAGCCAGACCUCCCAUUCUAUGAUUCAGUCCUCCUCUUCAACAGAGAGCCAGAGCUCUUUUUCAGCAGUGAGCCAUGUCUCCCCUCUCACCAUCCAGAGCUCUUCUUCAGCAGAGAGCCAGAUCUAUUCAACAAAGAGCCAGACCUCUCUGACCAGAAGCCAGACCCCCUCUGAGAAUGAGAACCAGAUGUCUACUGCGGUCUCCAUCAUUAAACAAGAAAAUCUCAGUUCACCGGUCCCUGCUGAUGAACAAAAUUGGGUUCCAUCAUUUUGUAACCGAGAAGAAAUGAGCAAAGUGGUGCUACAGGCAUUAGACUGCUCUAUGAUUGUGCUGAGUACAGAUGGGGUGAUCUUUUACAUCACUGAAAACAUCACAGCUGUCCUUGGCUACUUAUCAAGUGAGGUUAUGGGAAGGAAAUUAUUGAGCUUUCUGCCUGAUGAAGAGAAAAAUGAAGUCUACCGGAACAUUUGCUUGAAACCUCCUCUGUCAGAAUCAGUGGGAAGCCAUGUUGAAUUUUGCUGUCAUUUAAAAAGAGAAAUGCCUACACAGGGAGAGUGUCCUAUUUACGAGUAUGUGAAAUUUGUCCUGACGCUCAGAGAUAUUUGCAGUAAGUCUUUUGUGUUUUUUGGUGGCUUUGUUCCCAGCGGCCUCUGCUUGGAAUCAAGCGCUAUGAAAUUUUCCAUGGAAGAUCGUUUCCUUCUUGUGGGGUCUGUUUGUGCCAUCAAUAGUGAGAUCCUAAAGGAACUCUGCACUAUGAAGCAGUCCUGUAAGAGUGAGACUAAUCAAGAUUCAGAUAAGGAGGAUUCUUUGAUGAUCUACAGAUCACUUCAAGGAAUAACCCCUGGAAUGAGUCCUGCUGCUUCUUCUUUUGAUACUUGCAAUGUUGACCCUGGACUGUGGGAAGGAAGCCAAGAAUGGAAGCCAACAGAACAGGAAAAGAUCGCACAAGUAAAAUCUGAGCAGUAUGGACCAGAAAUAAUUGUUCAAGUUAAGCCAGAAAAGUCCAGCUCAUCGUCUGAGACCAGCGUAUCAACCUCGGAAGACAUACCAGAUUCAUUAACUACAACCUUUCAUGCCUUUACAUAUGAAAGUAGUAUGGAUGCGAGGAGAUGUCAGGACCCAGUUGACAUGGAGUUUGUAGUGGACUCCAGCUACCUAAGGGAAUCUGAGGAUACGAUGCAUUGGGGGGAACCCGUGGUGCAGGAAGCCCCGCUGGAGCCCAUGGUGCACAAGGUCAAGAUGGAGCCAGUGGUGCCAGAGGAGCUGAUGGAACCGGUGGUGCAGGAGGACCGCCCCUCCUCUGGAGUGGCUACCAGACGCCGCACUCAGGUGCAGCCAGCUACAUUGAGCCAUGUGCUUAGCCGUCCUGACCUCUGGCCUAUGAAGAAGACAUCCAGGAAGCAAUCCCCCGGGAAAGUGAAGCGUUCCCCCUCAGAUGGCAGGGACACCAAACGCUUCUGCACUGCAUCCCAACUUGGCAUAUUCCCUGAGAGGCUUGAGGACUUUUCUGACACCUUCAUCCAGUACCUGCAGGAGCUGGAGCCACAGAUACAGCAGCAGGAAGAGGAGCCAAAGAUGACGCAGCAGGAAGAGCUGCAGGUACAGGAGCAGGAAGAGGAGCCAAAGAUGACACAGCAGGAAGAGCUGCAGAUACAGCAGCAGGAAGAGGAGCCAAAGAUGAUGCAGCAGGAAGAGCUGCAGGUACAGGAGCAGGAAGAGGAGCCAAAGAUGACACAGCAGGAAGAGCUGCAGCUGCAGCAGCAGGAAGAGGAGCCAAAGAUGACACAGCAGGAAGAGCUGCAGAUACAGCAGCAGGAAGAGGAGCCAAAGAUGGGGAAGCAGGAAGAGCUGCAGGUACAGCAGCAGGAAGAGGAGCCAAAGAUGGGGAAGCAGGAAGAGCUGCAGAUACAGCAGCAGGAAGAGGAGCCAAAGAUGACACAGCAGGAAGAGCUGCAGCUGCAGCAGCAGGAGAAGCCAAAGAUGGGGCAGCAGGAAGAGCUGCAGGUGCAGCAGCAGGAAGAGGAGCCAAAGAUGGGGCAGCAGGAAGAGCUGCAGCUGCAGCAGCAGGAGAAGCCAAAGAUGCCGCAGCGAGAGGAGCCACAGAUGCUCCAGAAGCAGGUGCCUGAGGAAGAGCAGAGACAAGAGCAGCAGCUGCAGCAACAACAGGUCCAGUCCAGAGUUUCACCUCUUCAAAUGAGAGCUGAGCAACAACCCUCUAGCAGCAUUCGCGAUAAAGACUCCAAGGACCAGGGAGAAGGGAGUCCCAGUAUUCAUCCUGAAGAACAACAGGGGGCCUGCAUGGUUGCAGCCACAUCAUCGGGAAAUAGUUCUGAGUCAGUUUCCACCCCCUUAUCGAAGUCGCCUAUUCCUCCAUCUGACUGCACCAAGGGCUUCAUACAGGUGUGGCUAGAGUCCUCAAACUCACAGGACGUCUUCCUGGAGCUGGACACUUGGUCUGCCAGUGACCAGAGCUCUGGUGACUAGGCCGCCUUGCAGCCGCAGGAAGAAGCACCUGACAACUCUGCAGGUGCCCAGGCCUCUUCUAACAACCAUCCCAGGAGACACUUCAUCCCUUUGGAGCAGUACAGCUUGAGUCUGCAGCGCCAGCAGAGCCCUCCUCCCAAGCCAUGAGAGGAAGGGGGUGCCUGGGGGCCCUGGCUCUGCCCCUUGGUGUCCGGGCAGGGUAAACAUUUCCCUUCCCCCAGAAGUUGUUUUUGCCCUUGUUUGUUAAACAUAGCCUGUUUAUGGGAAAUGGUGCUGCGGAAGCUGCCUUUGAUACCUAGUUUGCUAACUGCUUUCCCCUGCCUGCCACACCCAGCUUCCACUGGCAGGCUGGCUGCAGUGUUUCCAAGUUCGAAUGCCAUUUUUAUGCCAACAAAAAUUGCCAGAGUGGUUUCAUUCUAGUAAGAAGUGUUCAGUGUUAGCCUUAGGGAAACUGAACAGGAAUGGGUCUCCAACUGUGCAGACUUAGAAUCCCAACAAAAAUUGCUUGGGAGUUGAUUAUAGCUUCGUUGCUGAAUAAACAUUUUCGU